UCGGUUCUACCCUUCUGGCCUCUUUUCUCUCUCUUUCCACAAACCAAUGCAAUGUCCGCAAGUGAUUUAUUAAAUGUGCGUAGCAGACCUUCCUGCGCACCUUCACUCGCUCGGUGAGACAGACAGAUUGAAGAGAGAGUCAAGUUAUUGUUGGCGUUGGCGUAUUUGCAAACCCUAGUUAGUGCGCGAAGUUUCGUCCGAGAAGCUUUCCAAUCAGCUGUUCUUCGGUUGUAGGUGUGAUUCAGGUGUUCCUCCUCAUCUUAUUUGUGAGAAAAAGAUGUUUUUUUUCUUCCGGUCUCGCUAGGUUUUGUAGGGAAGGUGAAGAAAGCUAAGGCUUUUAGCCUUCAAAACCAUCUCCUUGUCUCUUUCAGUCCCCUUCGGCUCCACUGCUUAGGUAGGUAGGUUAGGUAGAGUUGGGCAACCUGCUUAAACCUAGGGAUUUCGCUUAGAUUUUAGCUUUUUUGUUCUUCGUACUGAACCCCGGAAAACCCCUCGAGUCUAAAACCUGAAGCAAGGAAGCUCCUUUCUUCGAUUUCAUCGGAUACUCAGUUGCUAGACCACUUUUUUGUAAGCUAAACCCUAGGCGAUUCUGGGACACUCAGCUAAGGGAAGCAGGGGGAAGAAGAAAGAUCCACUUUUUAUGAGAUUUCCUCCCUGUCAAUGAGUUGGAUCGAUCUCGAUGUUUUCGGGGUGCUCGGUUUCGAGUCUGGCGGCGAAGUUCGCCUUCUUCCCGCCCGACCCACCUACUUACAGCGUGAAGAAGGACGACAGCGGCCGAAUGGUGGCGUCCGGCGUGCCAAGGGACCAUUCCAUGGAUGUCCUGGUUCUUGAUACCAAGCAGGGGAACAAGAUUGUUGCCUUUUAUUGGAAGAAUCCCCUUGCGAGACUUACCGUGCUCUACUCGCAUGGCAAUGCUGCAGAUCUGGGUCAGCUCUACGAUCUCUUCGUGCAGCUCAAGCUCAAUCUCAGGGUGAAUCUGAUUGGAUACGACUACUCAGGAUAUGGAGCAUCUAGUGGUAAGCCAAGCGAAUACAGCACAUAUGCAGACAUUGAAGCAGUAUACGAGUGCUUGCAAACCGAAUAUGGAGUCAGUCAGGAAGACUUGAUCUUGUAUGGCCAGUCGGUUGGUAGCGGCCCAACAUUGCAUUUGGCAUCUCGGUUGGCAAGAUUGCGGGGUGUAGUGCUCCACAGUGCUAUAUUGUCGGGAAUUCGCGUUGUUUGUCAUGUCAAUUUCACCCUUUGCUUCGACAUAUAUAAAAACAUUAACAAAAUUAAAAAGGCCAAAUGCCCAAUUCUCGUAAUUCAUGGUACCGAGGAUGAUGUAGUGAAUUGGCUCCACGGACAUGGCCUAUGGAAGCUCGCAAAGGAACCGUACGAACCGUUGUGGAUCAACGGAGGAGGUCACUGCAACCUGGAGCUGUAUCCGGACUACAUCCGUCACCUUUGCGGGUUUAUACGCGAAAUUGAGAACAUAACCACCGCAACCCGGCUCAAGAAGAUCAAGCAAACUCUCAAGCUCCCUAAAAAAGCUACCGUGACUACCAGCACUGCCUCGACGACUACCUUCACCACAAACUGCUGCUGCCGAAUCAAAUUCGUGAAACCAAACUGCGCAAGCUGUUCGUGCGGAGGAUGCCUAACGGUGCGGCGUUCGAAGGGGUCUGCUAACUUGUGCAACUGGUGUUCUGGGAGAAACAGGCGGUGAUUGCGGUCUGUGUACAGAUUUGCCGAAACAUCUAACCGUGUUUAUUGUAUCUAAAGGCUGUAAUUGGUGGUGAAGAUAUCGGUCGAGAAUUGUGAGGAUUUGGUGCUAGUUUGUAUUCAUAUGUUUCUUAGCUUUGCUAAAACACUUGUUGAAUUAGUUUGCCUUUCUCGGUUUGAUUGUUGCUGUUGAA